AUGGGAGACGCAGGUGACGUCAAGCUCGAAUCGCCCAAGCUCGGGUCACCCUCCCAGGGUUACACACAGAUGGGUCCCCCGGCGUAUGCUGCAUCGACGACAUCAACUACUUCUCCCCCUCGUGUCCAUCUGGACGAUUUACUCGUUGAGAGCCCCCACCAGACGACGUCGUCGCUAUUCGGAAACUUGUUCGCAUGUUUCGCCAGGUCUGGCCCGUCCGCUAUCGAGAUGCGGAGCACGAUCCACGGUCUCCUCCGCGAUGUCGUGCAACGCGGCCCCGGCAUAGAGACCAUGUCUGUCGCCGAGGCGGCACGCAUCAUCGAUAGCUGUGACGCCGCCUGCGCCGGUCAGGGCAUGGACCUCCCCACCCUCCUUCGCGCGCGCAUGGUGGAAGGCCACACACUCGUAUAUUGGGCCAUCCUUGCCGAGAACGAACCCGUCGCCAAGCUGCUUCUCGAGCACACUGCGCCCUGGUCCGACAAGGGCGCAUUCGCGGACGAUGUGCGUGCCGCGUGUGCCGCCGCCUCAAACGAUACCCUUUGGCGCCGUCUACGCUCGCAAUUCCCGAUACUUGAGACACCGGCGAGCCCGGUAGAGACCGUUGUUCUCGCUGGCGAGCGUGACAAGAUUGCGGUCACAACUUCGAGAGCAGCUUUCAAGGUGGACAUGCACCUGCCAUACUUCCAGCGGCGCAUGCGCGCUAUGGGUCGCGUCUCAGUAGACCUCAUCGCGCAAGCUCGCAUCUUCCGCAUAUCCUUCAUUGCCAACACCACGCCCGACGGCGCCAUCGUGGAUCGAAGCUUCUCGGCCAGCGCUUGGCUCGUAUCCUUCGGCCUGCAGGGAAACAGCACUCCGACACCAUUGUAUGCUCGCGUGACUAUCCAGCACCGCGAUGCCACCUCCACCGCCGACAACGGCGCAGACUCAACACGCGCGCUCAUUGUUGAUGUCGAGAAGAAGGCACUCUCCGGACCUUCGUUCUGGGGAUCUGGAGAGAAGCGUGUCCCUCUCCUCGACAACGUCCUGCAAGACGACGAUUCGCCCUACAUCGAUGGCAAGGGCAUGUUGAUUGCGAACGUCGAAGUGCACUUGGAGCCUCCACUCAAUUGA